AAACAUCAAAUGAUGUUCCAGCAAUUAUGUCAUCUCUGUGGAAGAAGUUAGACCAUACGCUUUCCCAGAUCAGUUGAAUCUUCAUUACUCAUGCCAAGAAUUGAUGUGUUGAAUUCGUGCCUCAUUGGUUCUUCCCCUGUAAAGAAACAAGCCUAAAUAAAAUGCUACUUGUGGAAUCUUCUAAUUUUGGAAUGUUCUCAUGGUACUAAUAUGCACCUUUUACUGAGGUCAUGGCCAUGUAAUGCCCUACUGGUAAACAGCUCUUACCUAACUUGAGAGUAUAGUAUAAAAACAGUUUCUUACCCUUUCUCCCAGAGAAAGUGGAACACUCAGCAUAAAUGCAGCAGGGGCUUCAUUUCCUUCCCAGUUUAAACUGCUGAAAUGGCUUCAAAUGCUUUCUGUCUAACUCUAUCACAUCUUAUUUGGUACUCUUACCUUUAUUCCCCCUUUCUUGACUUUUUUCCCCCCUUUCAAAUAAUCUUGAAAGACAUUCACAAUUAGCACCUAUAAAUAUUUAUAAGUUACUGAGAUGUUUUGUUGAGAUGCUACAUAAAAAUAAAAGGCUUUUAGUCAAAUAUUCUCCAAGAUUGGUGUGUGUGUGUUAUUAAAAAUGCUUUUUCAAUUUAGUAAGUUUUAUUGCUCUUUUUCAUAGAGACUAAUUUAACAGAUUUCCCAGGAAGAGAGCAGUGUCUGUGAUUGGGUAACCAGUUCAUAAUAAAAGGAGAAUCACCUUAUACUGUGAAUUUUCUUAUAUGUUUGCUUUCCUGUUUGCUUUCCUCCUUUGUUAGACACUGGAUAAAAUAGUUUUAUAAGUAGUAAAUUUGUUAAAAGCAGGAUAUCCUUUGAAAUUAACUUCGGGAUUCUGACAUAUUUAUGUAUGGAGUCCUAUGUGAAAUGAAGAAUUUCUUUGUGAAGGUAUCACUGUAGUGAUAAAAGGUAAUUAAUAACUACAGAAUUUUAUCCGUGGCUUCCUUAAAUAUAUAGACUUCUUAAAGUCAAGUCGAAUUCUUAAAGGGAUGUCAGAGUUCUCUAAUGCUUACCGCAUUGGAUAAAAACUUGAUUAUUAAAAUUCGGUGUGUGUGAGUGUGUUAACAUGCCACCAUUCUAAAGCAAGUAAGAUUGGUCACCCCUCAAAAAAAUGUGCGUAUCUUUUUUAUCUGAGAGAGGUCUAUUAUCUUUUAAUUCAGUUUACUUCAGGUCUGACUGUUAAUAAACUAGACCGUAUCUUUUAACGUCUUUUUUAUUUGUUAGGAGCAUGCAAAGUUCCCCAGGGUUUGUUGCCAGUCAGAGAGUCCGAACAAGAAGUGGAAUUGCAGAAAUCAAAAGACAGAGAAAGCUGGCGUCUCAAGCGGCUCCCGUCAAUUCAGAGUUGCUGACUUUAGCGUAUCUUUCAGGACAAUGUCCUGCUGCUACUCCUUCAACAGCCACACAGCUUGUCCGGUCAGCUGGCCAGAUUACAGCUCCUGUGAGGUCAAAUUUUGUAGUGGUUAACCAUUCACAGUCACAAGACACUGUGGCCACUGGAGAGUCUUUAAGUAUCAUUCCUGGUCCUCAGGAAAGGAAAACUCAAGCCAGUGUGAUGUCUCCUGCUAGACGCAAAAGUGAAUCUCAAAGGAAGAGUAACACUCUGUCUGGACCUCAUUCAACAAUACGGAAUUUCCAGGAUCCAAAUGCAUUUGCAGUAGAAAAACAAAUGGUUAUUGAAAAUGCACGAGAAAAAAUAUUAAGUAACAAAUCUCUUCAAGAAAAGCUUGCAGAAAACAUUAAUAAAUUUCUGACUAGUGACAACAAUAUUGCUCAAGUACCUAAGCAAACAGAGAGCAACCCUACAGAACCAGAGACUUCAAUUGAUGAGCUCCUGGGACUUCAGAGUGAAAUCCAUAUGUCUGAGGAGGCUAUCCAGGACAUACUGGAGCAGACAGAAUCAGAUCCGGCAUUUCAGGCACUUUUUGAUCUCUUUGACUAUGGUAAAUCCAAGAACAAUAAACAGGUAUCCCAAGGCAUUUGCAGUCCACAUCUGGACACCAAUCCCAGUGUAGUGUUAGCAGAUGAAACUAAUCUAGCAGUUAAAGGUUCUUUUGAAUCAGAACAAUCUGGUGAUCAGUCUGGGCAGCCCCCAUUUUGUACAUCCUACCAAAAUGAAGACACAUCCAAUGCCUUGAAGAAUGGCAGCAACCACGAUGAGCUUAGACCAGAAGCACAGGAACACUUUUCUCAGAUAGGCUCUAAUGUCCAGAAAAAGGCAUUUAAAACGGGUGUACCUAAUGAACAGAAGUGUAACCUCGAUAUUUCCUUUGAAUCUGUGCCUCAUUUGAAUGACUUUAACCAAAGAGUAAAUUCUGAUGCCGAAUGUAAUCAGCGUUGUGCCGAAUUAUACACCCAUCAGAUGUCCACUGAAACCGCCAUGGCAAUGGAGGUCGGAAAGAGUUCUCUGUUGCCGGAUGCGCCACGUGAUUCUCCAUUACAGCCUGAUCAGUCUGGUAUACCAGUAACGUCAUUUGUUUCCCUCGGGGGGGAAACUAACAGUGAAAACUUCGUUCUCUCUGGGAAGAGUUCUCAGCUUUUAUCCCAAAAUAUUCCAUUAACUGGAAAGACAUCUAAAACAAGUCAGUUUUGUGAAAGCUCUAACAACACAGGAAGACUUAAAACUAACCUCCCUGGUUCUAAGUCACCAGACCCUAAAGAGAUUCUGCAGAGUGAGACUGAGAUUCACAACGGAUUGCCGGUCACAUCACAACAACAUGUGGAUUGCCAUGAUAAUUCUCCACUUCAAAGCAAGAUAUUACCUGUAUCGGUUGAAAGUUCAGGUUUAAAUAUAUCCGAACAAGUAGACAUUUGUCUGGAAGAUACAACAUCUUCGGUUAAACAGCCGCCUGAUGGUUCAUCAUCUCUUGAGUUAAAUCACGCGGAAGAACAUGAAACUCAGCCUUCAAGGUCUGAGAAAGUUGCUGGCGGUUCGCAAGAGCCUUCAUCUUUAAAAGAAGAUGGAGAUAGUAUUUUUCUCACUUUAAGUGAGAAUGGUAACUGUGGGGAAGUUGCAUUGAUUGCUCCAGAAGGUGACCCUGUAGAAGAUAAACGUGCUGUUCUGUCAGAAUCUGUGUGUUCUUCAGUGGGAGGUUCUCAUCCUGAGUCCCAGAACACCAGCGACAGACCUGGUGUUGACAGCUCAGCAGACGUUGAUGCAGCAAAUAUUGUCUCUCUCAAAAUUAUCAUUAGUGAUGAUCCAUUUGUUUCCUCAGAUACUGAACUGAACAGUGCUGUUUCUAGUAUCAGUGGGGAGAACCUGCCGACUAUAAUACUGUCCUCUCCCACUAAGUCCCCUGCCAAAAAUGGAGAAUUGGUUAAGUGCCUGUCUUCAGAAGAAGCCCCAGGCGCUCUCACAUCUGCGGAAAGAACGGGGGAUUCAGCAUCGGUGGAACAGAGCCUCUUGGCCCUCAAACCCGAAGACUCCGCAGUGAAUGCUCAGAGUGAAGGCAGCGUUGCUUUUUCAGCCAGUGCCCCACCGUGCGUCUCCAAGGAUGGCGGAUACAUACAGUUGAUGCCAGCUACAAGCACAACUUUUGGAAAUUCAAAUAACAUUCUGAUAGCUACGUGCGUGACUGAUCCAACAGCCUUAGGAACCACUGUCAGUCAGUCUAAUGUGGUGGUGUUGCCUGGAAAUUCCGUACCUGGGACUGCUCAGCCCCCGCCGCCUCAGUUACAGACACCGCCAAGGUCAAACAGCGUAUUUGCUGUCAAUCAAACCGUGUCACCCAGCUUUUCACAAGGAUCUGCCAUCAUAAUUGCCUCUCCUGUCCAACCUGUACUCCAAGGAAUGGUGGGGAUGAUCCCUGUAUCUGUGGUUGGACAGAAUGGAAAUACCUUUCCUGCUCCUCCUCAGCAGGUCCUUCAUAUGCCUUUGGCGGCACCUGUAUGCAGUAGAAGUAUCCCUCAAUUCCCCAUCCCUCCAAAGUCUCAGAAGACUCAGGGACUGAGAAACAAGCCUUGUACAGGAAAGCAGGUAAAUAAUUUGGUGGAUUCAUCUAGUCAUUUAGUUGGAUGUCAUGCACAAAGAACUGAAGUGUCUGACAAGAAUAUGGCCACCGAUCUCGGGAAAAAAUUGGAAGAAAUCACGGUUCCCUUCUCAUUAGAGAGUGUAGUUCCAGCUAGCAAACCAUUUGAAAGCCACAGACGUGUGCUCUGUUUUGAUAGCACUGCUUCUGUGGCUAAUACACAGGGCACAAACCAUAAGGCGGUGUCCCAAAACAAGGAAAGGAAUGACAUUUCAUUUCCUAAUCUCGAGUCACCCACUGUGUCCUCCACCUCCAAGGCCCCUUCUAAUAAUGCUCUCAAAAGAGACCGAGAGAAACCUCCUUUGCCUAAGAUUUUAUCUAAAUCAGAAACUCCCAAUAGCCGACAUAGCACCACAAAAGAAACUCAGUCAGAAAAGAAAGUCCCACCGACAGAAAUUGUACUUGAAUCUUUCCAUAAAACGACAGCUAAUAAGGAGAAUGAAUUAUGCAGCGAUGUCGAAAGGCAGAAAAAUCCCGAAACUUCAAAACUGUCAAAUGGGCAGCAAAAUGGGGGUAUACGGAAUGAGAAAACCGUAACUUCACUGCACGAACUGACCAAAAAACAAGGCACGUCCUCAAGUAGUAAAAAUGUCAUUUCGGUAGGUGCAGCUGGGAAGGAUCCAAAGCAAGAACAAACUAAAUGUGCCGCUUCUUUGGUUAACCCGCUAACCAAACCUGGCUCAGAAAUGCUGCAGGAUGGUCAGUGGCACAGCCCAGUAAGUAGGCUCCCCGAUAGCUCUGACUCCCCUGUACCCCGGACAGCGGGCUUGGGGGCAGGGGACAAACAUAAAGAAGAACCUAGAGAUGGGAUCAAGGUCCCCUCCAGUAGGCGUUUUGGUGAAGACAGUAGCACAGCCAAAGUCAUGGUCCCUCCUGUCACCCCAGACCUGCCUGCCUGCAGCCCUGCCAGCGAGACGGGGAGUGAGAACAGUGUGAACAUGGCUGCCCACACGCUGAUGAUUCUGUCCCGGGCUGCCAUCUCCAGGACCACCUCGACAACUCCCCUGAAAGACAACACACAACAACAAUUCAGAGCAUCUUCGAGAAGCGCCACCAAAAAGCGGAAGAUUGAGGAAUUAGAUGAACGCGAACGAACCUCCCGUACUUCCAAUAAAAGUCUUGCAAAUUCGUCACUACCGAUGAAAAAGAAGAAAAUUAAGAAAAAGAAGCUACCCAGUUCAUUUCCAGCUGGAAUGGAUGUGGACAAAUUUUUGUUAUCAUUGCAUUAUGAUGAGUAAACACUCUGAACCUAAAAGAACAGUAGCUGUUUAAAACUCGUAUCCCUUAAACUCUGAGUGUAGGGAAUGAGAUACUGACAGAACCUGACCUGCACUUUCCUUGUACUGAAAUUUCACUUUAUACCUGAAUCAUGCUGUUUCUGAAGCAGCUUCCUACUUUGUACAUAGAUUUACCUGGUAUAUUUUUUAUUUUGGAAAAAACAUUUGCAGAAAUGUAAGUAAAUCCAAUCUGCAAAACUGUAUAGCUGUGACAAUUACGUACUGUAAAUAUUGUAUGAAUCUGGUUGAAAUAGAGGUUAAAUCAGCCUAGCGUUCUUACAUUGUGUUUUUUGACUUCUUGUGAUCCCUAACUCUGAGGUUGAUGCAUCUGGACUAGUUUCUCACUUUUGGGGGGAAAAUGAUGCUUUUCCUUACAGUUGCCUUUGGUGACUGUCCUACAAGAUGUUUGAAGACAGCCACAAAGUAGUACAGAAGUGAUGACAACCUCAUCUGGUGGUAGAGAGACCAGAAAUUAACAAUUUAGGAUUUUUUCUAGAGUGAAUACUUUAUUACCCCUUCUUGUUACAGCAAAGGUUGUAUUCCUGAAGUUUUACACUUUCACUGUUUCUUCUGAUGGUUCUGGUCUCUUUGUUUAAAGAGAAUUUUGUAAACCAUUUUUGAGUGUUCUGAUCUUUUGUUUAUAACUUUUGAGAUCUUUUACAGAACUUUAAAUGUUUAGACUGUUGAGCCAUACAAAGUCUAUUCAUGUGGUAGUUGAGACUUCUUGGUAUGUAUAUCCUUUUCCCCCACAUACUGGGGAUUUGAAGAAUUGCACUAAUCCAUAGCACUUCUUACGUAGUAGUGACCAGUGCACAUUUGAUUUAAGUCUUGUGUUCUGGGUUAAAGCUUGUGUGGAGGGCCAUCGUCUGGGAAGCUGUGUCCAUCAUAAGAUGUAAAAAAGAAAAAUCAUAGUUUUAUAUUUUAAUGUAGUUUCUCCUAAAAUGGGCUGUUACAUAACUGUGUCUAUACUUAGAUAUAGUGCCCCCUAAGGUGUUACGAAGAGUUACUGUCACAGAGUCCUUAAGGAGAAUGAAAGAGGUGCCUUCUCUGUUUCAGACUCACAUGCAUCAGUUAAGUUGAAAAAUUCGUUUAAAUCUUUAUGAGAACAGAAAUUAUCUUUAAUAUGUGACCAGUUGUGCCUAGAUUAAAGUAUAUUCUCUUAAGUGCUUUCUGUUUGGUUAAAUAUCAGUAUUUCAGGAUUUUUUUCUACAGGUGUGUAUGUUGUUAAAGAGUCCUUUUCCUCGGCCUUAUUUUUUUAUACUGGGCCUUCAAGAAACUAAAUGCAUCCUACUUCUCUCUCUCAGUGUGGAAAUCAUGUCAUAAUUGCUGAAUCUUACUGCAGAAAUUUGUCUUGUGAGUUAUGAUAUGGCAGUGGUCUAUUCAUAAGGAACUACAUAUCAUACACGUAAUGUUUAUUUAACUCAGUGUGAUACUGUACUACAGUUAGGUUUGAAUAAAUAUUUUCGGUAACUUCAAAAGUUUGAACUACUUUAUAUUGGCAGUCAUUCUCAUUUAGAUACUUUGAUUAAAUUCCUUUGCAAGCCACUUUUUCACAAGUUCACAUGAUGUUGGAAAAUACAGAUUUUCUUCUCAUUCAAUUAAUAUGUAUUAGUAUUUGCUAAGUACUAAGAAUUCACAUACAAAUAAAGUUUGCUUUAUUCAAGAUUGUUAGGUCACCAGCCAGGAGCCAUUAGAUAUAGUCCAAAAACAACCUGUACUUGGAACUUGCAUUCACGUUCAAGAGUAAAACCAUAACCUCCAUUUUACCUUAAAAGUCCAAAGUCCUGAACUUAGUUGUAGCGUAUACUCGGUAAUCUAUUUUAACAGUCAGGUGCCCGGGGACUACGUUUUUGGAUCAGAGUAUAUAUACUAUAAACAACUUAUGCCUACUUUUGUAAGUACACGUAAGGAUCUACUCUUUAUUGUGGACAUUACUUACUGAUUAAUGUAGUCGUGUAUUAAAUCUGGGAAUUCUUGUAAUUAAAGUGUUUGACUAUUUUAGCCCGGAUAUUAUUAGAACCUUUUAGUAUGUUGAAGUUGUACAUGGGAAGAGCAUCCAUCAGCAUUCGGCCAAACGCUAGAUGUCAUGACUCUUAGGGGAGGAUAAGAUUUUAUUUCUGAUAAGGAGUAAAUUCAAAUGCAAUAUUAUUAUAUAUUUUACAUUCAUUAUUUCUCAAGCCACCAUCUUUCAGCCAUAGCCUCAGCUUCUUGAAAUUCCGCAUGAAGUUUUCACUUUAUUAUUAGCCUUUUUGUUUUCUUUCCUUUUUUUUAGGUAGGCUCCGUGCCCAACGUGGGGCUUAAACUCACAACCCCCUGAUUCAGAGUCACAUGCUCUGCCGACUGGGCCAGCGAGGCGCCCCCAAGGCUUUUUCUCCUCAUAGACUUGUUUCUUUUUAUAAACACUAGUUAACAUUUGGCAUGCUUUUUUCCUAAAUUAUUUUCUCUGUAUAGCUGAACUUAAACUGUAAAUAUAACAUCCUAAUGCUGUUUUUCACUUCACAUAAUACCAAGCAUUUUCCAGUUUUUACCAACAGAAAAAAGAAAAACAUUUAUAUGACAGCCAUCAAGAGUCAUGAUUUUAAUUUAUGAAUGAUUUAAAAGCUUAGAAAGUUUAAAAAAAAAUAGCACGGACAGAUUUGUAACCAGUUAUUAUUUGUUUGUGUUAUCAGUUGCUUCCUUAGGAGACAUUUUAUUUAUUUUUUUUAAAUUUUUUUUAAUGUUUAUUUAUUUUUGAGAGAGACGGAGACAGAAUGCGAGUGUAUUAGAAGCAGAGAGAGAGGGAUCCAAAGCAGAAUCCGAAGCAGGCUCCAGGCUCUGAGCUGCCAGCCCAGAGCCCCACAUGGGGCUUGAACUCACAAGCUGUGAGAUCAUGACCUGAGCCGAAGUCAGACGCUCAACUGAAUGAGCCACCCAGGCGCCCCUAGGAGACAUUUUAGGAGAGCAGAAUUACCAAAUUAAAAACUGAGUGCACAUUUUUUUUAAGGAUCUCAAAAUAUUUUCCCAAAUUCUUGCAGAAAAUUUUUUCAGUUUGUCAUUUCUUCCACAGCAUCGGUUUCUCCCUUACCAGAGAUACAGUGAAGAAUGUCAUCACUGGUUUCUAGGCUUUUAUUUCUUGAUUUAUUAAAAUUAGGUAUUAGCUCCUAACCCAUAUAAAAAUUUUUUUAGUAUCUGGUCUGAGGUAAGGAUCAAAGUCUAAUUUUUCCCUAAAUAUUUAACCAUUUGAUUCUAUAAUUGAUUAAAAUAAGGUUUCUCUCUUCACAUGCAUCUGCUUACGAUGUCUCCCUUAUUCUGUCCUGAUCCACAAUCUCUGACUCACAGUUUUAAAAUCCAAAAGGUUCUGACACCAAUUUUUUCCCCUAAGUUUAGCAUCAAAAUCAUUUUAUGGCAAAACCUGACCUGAUUUGACAUGAGGCUACAUGAAUCUUUAUCUCAUUUGGUAUGGAUAUUCACGUUUUACUAGAAAAGUAGUAAUGUGCUUAGUGUGCUGUUUGAGAUUCAACUGGGUAUGAUACACACAUCAUGUUACUUUUUAAAAAUCCUGAAUAUUAUGAAUCAUGAAACCCAGCUAACCUUAAAGGUAUAAGACCAAAGACGCUGAACCUACAUUAAAUUUAUACAUACAGGGGCACCUGGUGGAUCAGUCAGUUGAGCAUCCGACUUCGGCUCUGGUCACGAUCUCACGGUUUGUGGGUUCAAGUCCUGCUGUGGGCUCUGUGCUGACAGUUCGCAGCCUUCUUCAGAUUCUGUGUCUCCCUCUCUCUCUGCCUGUCCCCACCACUCGUGUCUCUUGUCUCGGUCUCAAAAAUAAUAAACAUUAAUAAAAAUUAUACAUAGGGGCACCUGAGUGGCUCAGUCGGUUCAGCGGCCAACUUGAACUCAGGUCACGAUCUCACAGUUUGUGAGUUCGAGCCCCGCCUCAGGCUCUGUGCUGACAGCUCAGAGCCUGGAGCCUGCUUCAGAUUCUGUGUCUCCCUCUCUCUGUGACCCUCCCCCGCUCACACUCUGUCUCUCUCUCUCUGAAAAAUAAAUAAACAUGAAAAAAAAUUUAUACGUAUGUAUACUAUAUACUGUGGUGUAUAGAUUUUGUGCCAUUGAUUAAAUGAUUAUAGCUUUGUGUCCAUUAUAACUACUAUUCUUUUCAAGUACUCACUCCUGCCAUGUGUCCUGGUUAACUGUUUAGAAUCACUAGUUUUCUUUAGAAUUAAAAUUCUUUUGUGGGGGGCGCCUGGGUGGCUCAGUCAGUUAAGUAUCCAACUCAGUUUCAGCUCAGGUCAUGAUAUCAUGGUUUGUGGGUUCAGGUCCCUUAUCAGGCUCUGGGCUGACAAUGUGGAGCCUGCUUGGGAUUCUCUCUUUCCCUCUAUCUCUGCCCCUCCCCUGUUAGUGUUCUCUCUCUCUCAAAACUAAAAACAUUUUUUUAAAUGUUUUAAUUCUUUUGGAAUAUUCAUUUGAAGUACAUUAACCCUGAUAAUGAAAGAGGCAAAUGGUAAGGGCAAUACGGUAUAUGUCUAUAGCUUUGUAGUUGCCGCUAGCCUCAUAAAUUUCUUGCUAAACAGAGUAUUUUGUUGUUGUUGCUAUUUUUAGAGAACUCUCGUUCUAACUGGUUAUUGUUUUUUAGUUAGUGUAAAAUCUGUAUGGAAGCAUAAAAUAACAGAGUGUGCCAGCUGUUAAGUUCACAUACUAAAGUGGGUUUCCUAAAAGUACACACAUCCACUUAAUCAUCCAGAUGAAGACCAGAACAUUACCAAUACCCUAGAGGCCCUUCAUACUUCCUCUAGUGACUGCUCACCCCAAGGGUAAUAAUUGUCUUGGUUUAUAUAUACACCAUAAUUUGAGCUUUUUUUUUUUUUUUUAACUCUGUGUGAAUGUAUUCGUGCAAUAUUACAGUCUUUUAUAAAAAGUUCUUUUGCUCAAUAUUGCAAGAUCCACUCGUAUGUAGUUCAGAUGUCAUCUUCAAUGCUAUGUAUUUUAAGUUAAUCCAUUUUAGAGUUGAACAUUUCAGUUUGGAGCUAUUAUGAAUAGAAUUGAAUAUAUUUGUACAUUUUUGGGGUGAAUGUAUUACACUUCUCAGUUGGUUAUAUACUCAGGAGUAGGGUUGCUGGCUUAGCGGGUUACACAUAUACAGCCUUAUUCACAUUUUUCAGUUUCCCAGAGUGGUUUUGCUAAAUUGUGCCACUAUCAACAUUGUAAAAAGAGUUCCAUUUGUUUUACAUCAUUGUCAGUAAUCGGUAUUUUCAUUUUAGCCAUUUUGAUGGUGUAUAUUGACAUCAUAAUGCAGUUUUAUUUUGGUUCUUCCUGACAGUUGAACACCAUUUCAAACGCU